AUGUCGAGGAAGGCAACAGCAACCUGCCGUCAGUGCGGCUGCGAAAUAUGGGAAGACACGUUAGUUCUACUCUCCCCAACAAACACACGCGAUAUCAAACAGAUUCGAUCAACCAACGUCGCGAUGUCUAUGGCAACUUCCUUUGCAGGGAGUAGGCUCAUUCGCCAAAAAACUACGAGUCCAUCUUUAGCGUCUUCAUUACAGAUGAGCGAUUCCCCUUUACAGUGUCUCAAAUACGCACAAAAAGAAAAUUUUCCAAUAGAUCUCCCCAUCUGUGACACUUGUUACCAAAUUAUUAAGGGAGAAUAUGAUAGAGAGGAAGUGAACACUACAAAUGGAUACUGUGAAGCGCUAAAGAUGUUGGAUGACCUUGAGGAGUUUGGAAAUCUUGUUGAAAAGAUCUCCCAAGAAAAAGCGCAGGUUGAGCAACUUCUCGUAGAGAUCGCCGAACUCAAAGAACAACAAGACGACCUGAAUCAACAACUUUUCUUUCUUCAACAAAUCGAGAUGCAUGAAAAGCUCGAGGAAAAGAUGCACAACAAGUUGCUUAAAGAGAUAGUCCACACCUCAAUGGACUCAUCAAUACGGUUUUUACGCCUUGACAUCAAACACGAAAGUGGUAUCACCAAUUCUUUAAUGGAGAACGCGUGGAACUCCAUCUACAAGAUCGAAUGGACGGAGAAUGGCGUCCUGUUCUGCAACCUUAACAUAGCUUUGGACUAUCAAAAAAAGAAAUACGAGAACGUUGCGCUGUGCUUCAAGCUGAUUAUUAAACAAUGUAUCUUCCUGUGUCAAAUGCUUCGUACAUCAUUAAAGCAAUGUUCUUUAGUGAAUGUAUAUUGUCAAGUGGGGCUAACAAAAGAGACAUUGUCAUACACCGACUUUUCAGUUCGGUGUGUCAAGUCACAAAAACUGUUCAACAACUCACUGCGGAAACUUUCUACAGUGGUCGAAGAGCUUGUUGUGAUUGUAAUGACACAAUUUCCUGUCUACAAACCACUUUAUAAAGUCGAGAACUUCUUGGUCAACGGGUACUCAAUUCAAUGUACCUCACCAAAUUGGCAAAAUGCAGUGAAAUAUUUUUUGGCUGCUCUCCGACACCUCAGAGACUUUGUUCUUAAAGUUGUAAAUUAA